UUUCUGAUCACUUCUCUCUUUCACAUCGUUGGCUCUUCUAAUGUUGAUGUGAAAAAUGCAAUGACCUUCAGUGGGCCUCUGGAAGACAUGUUCGGGUACACAGUCCAACAGUAUGAAAAUGAGGAAGGCAAAUGGAUACUUAUUGGUUCACCUCUAGUUGGCCAGCCUGAGAAAAGAACAGGAGAUGUAUACAAAUGCCCUGUAGGAAGGGACAUCCAGUCGCCCUGCACAAAACUGAACUUACCAGCGGUUACUUCAGUUCCUAACAUCGUGGAAGUAAAAGAAAACAUGACUCUUGGAACAACCUUAGUGACUAACCCAAAAGGAGGCUUUCUGGCAUGUGGACCACUUUACGCUUAUAAAUGUGGGCGUUUGCACUACACGACUGGAGUUUGCUCUAAUGUCAGCUCAACUUUUGAAACCACCAAGGCAAUUGCCCCAUCUGUGCAAGCAUGUAAAACCCAGUUAGACAUCGUCAUAGUCCUUGAUGGGUCCAACAGCAUUUAUCCGUGGGAUAGUGUCACAAGCUUCCUACAGAGCCUCCUGAAAAACAUGGAUAUAGGUCCUCAGCAAACACAGGUUGGAAUUGUUCAGUACGGACAGACUGUAGUCCAUGAAUUUUUCCUGAAUACAUAUUCUACAACAGAAGAUGUGAUGGCUGCAGCUACGAGAAUACGCCAGCGGGGUGGCACACAAACUAUGACAGCCCUGGGAAUAGAUAAGGCAAGGGAAGAUGCUUUUACCGAGGCUCAUGGAGCACGAAGAGGAGUACAAAAAGUAAUGGUUAUUGUGACUGAUGGGGAAUCACAUGACAACUACAGAUUAAAAGAAGUGAUUGAUAGCUGUGAAGAUGAAAACAUUCAAAGAUUUGCCAUUGCUAUUCUGGGCAGCUAUAGCAGAGGAAAUUUAAGCACUGAGAAAUUUGUGGAGGAAAUAAAAUCAAUUGCCAGUAAGCCUACUGAAAAGCAUUUCUUCAAUGUCUCAGAUGAAUUAGCUCUUUUAACUAUUGUUGAAGCACUUGGAGAGAGAAUAUUUGCCCUGGAAGCAACAACAGACCAGCAGGCAGCCUCAUUUGAAAUGGAAAUGUCUCAAGCUGGUUUCAGUGCUCAUUAUUCUCAGGACUGGAUCAUGCUUGGAGCAGUUGGAGCAUAUGACUGGAAUGGCACAGUGCUCAUGAUAAAGGAUGGUGAUGCGUCAAUGCCAACUAAUGACACUUUUCGAGACAGGCGUUCAGAAAAAAAUGAACCCCUUGCAGCCUACCUAGGUUAUACUGUGAAUUCAGCAUUGACACCUGGAGGCAUACUGUACAUAGCUGGACAGCCACGAUACAAUCACACUGGCCAAGUUAUCAUUUAUAAAAUGGAAGGAAAAGAGGUACAAGUACUUCAGAGGUUAAAUGGAGAACAAAUUGGGUCCUACUUUGGGGGUGUUAUUACCACAAUUGACAUCAAUAAAGACUCAUUUACAGACCUUCUUCUUGUUGGAGCUCCUAUGUAUAUGGGAACCGAAAAAGAGGAGCAAGGGAAAGUAUACGUUUAUAGUCUGAACAAG